UCCUUCUACUCAACACGUGUCGCUCUCUCCUACCUCCUCAAGGAUUAUUUUCUCUCGCGUUCUAUAUAAAACACAGAAAAAAUACCCGUCCUCCAAGCAACUCACUCUCUCUGCUUUCUCUGUCAAUUCUCUCUUCCAAUUCUCUCGCUUCCUUCAACGCCUCCGCAGCCGCCGUCGUCCGCCCUGCUUCCUGCGCAUAUAUAUACGUGCUUUUGGCCAGAAAGCCUGCAGUAUUGCUGCAAAAUCUUCGAUUGUAGAGAGAGAAAGUGAAAGGCAAUGGAACAGAGAGAAACACUAACAAUGGAACAAAGGCUCCUCUUCUUCCCCCGUUUUCCGAACGCCAGCGACGGCGAGAUAGAGGUGGCGAAUAUCCUGAUUCAUCUUCCUCACAUGAUCUCCGAAUUGGAGACUCCGCUUCCAAUUCCACUCGAGCUCAUCUGGGGAUGCAAGGGAAAGAGAUCUGUACUCGCCCUGAAGAACGACGGAUGCGCUUCCACUCUGCGUCGUCUGAUUGGACCUGAUUUUUUUUGUUCACUGCAACUCUGGGCUUCUCUGGCUCGCUGGCCUUCGGCGGCCAAGGCUCCGCCGCCGCCCCCCGUCCCUAAUGCAGUCAAGAAGGAAACUUCCAGCCCUGAUACGCCGCUGUGCUUCGAGCCCAGUGAAUCUGACGAGAAGCAGCCUGACGACUUGAGUAGUAAACUCUUUAGUCAAAAAAGGAAGAGAGAGGACUGGAUUACUAUUGUGGACGAAUUGACUUCGAAGGAAAAAUGGCGAUAUCAAGAGCUUGAGGACGUGAAGCGUCUAUUUGAGAAGAUGAAUGGUCUUAAUUUGGAGUUUAAAUCAAGGAAAGAGGAGCUAACGAAAUUUAGCCAUAAACAGGAACAGGAUCCCCAUGUGGAUACGGAUCCAAGUUCGAAACCAGCCGCGCAAUUAAGCCAACCGACCCAACUCACAUUUGUAACUUCGACUUACGUAACUUCGGCUCCUCCGGCCCCAAGACAAGAGCCUUACCAACAUCCUCAUCAGGUGCAAAUGCCAAUGCAAAUUCAUCCUCCUGGUGUGAUUCUUUAUCAACGUCAACUGCAGCAGCUGAUCAUGGAUCAGACGGCUAAGACUCAAAGAAGAGAGAUCAAUGCGGGCCCACACGGCGGUCACAUUAACCUUUGUUUUAGGGAUGCAAACGUGUUGAACUCCUCGCAGCCGUUUGAUCUUAGCUUGGUUAACAAAAAUAUGAUUAGAAAAAGGGCAGCCGAGGCAAGGCAGAAGAGACUCGAAAUCUGCAGGGUCAAGAAACCUCGCUUCCACUCCAGAUGACCUGGGCUUUGGCUCAUGGUGUUUUUCAUUUUUUACCCCCAAUAAUUUUAUUACUUUAUUUGGGGUGUAAUUUUUAUCCAAACCAAAGGUUUGGUGAGGUUUUAGCAAUUAUUAAGGUGACAGUUUUUAGUCACGGUUUUAGCAUAAAUAAUAGUAUAUUGUGGAUAUUUGGUUACCUAUAAUUCCAUAUUAUAAAACAAGAGAAGCUCGUAAUGAAA